CACACACAUGAGUCCUGGGAAUAAUCACUGAUUUCCACUCUUGAUUACCCAGGAUGAAUAAAGUGACACCUCUGCAGAAGAAGAGGAGAAAGGAUUUUAUACCUUACUUUCUGGGAUUCGUGAUAUUUUUGUAUUGCACGGUUCAUCUUGUGUCCUUCACAGCAAACACAGCUCAGGAAACCCGCUCCCUCAGGGUGCGCCGGGCUCUGGAGAAUGAGACGGAAUGCAUCUCACCACAGUCCUCAGAGUUCCCUGAAGGCUUCUUCACGGUGCAGGAGAGGAAGGACGGAGGCCUUGUCAUUUACUUUCUUCUCAUCUUCUACAUGCUGCUGGCGGUGGCGAUUGUGUGCGACGAUUACUUCCUGCCAUCUUUAGAAGUGAUCAGCGAGCGUUUGGGUCUGUCUCAGGAUGUCGCAGGAGCCACUUUCAUGGCGGCCGGGAGCUCGGCACCGGAGCUGGUCACGGCCUUUCUGGGGGUGUUUGUGACGAAGGGAGACAUCGGGGUCAGCACCAUCGUGGGGUCGGCGGUCUACAACCUGCUGGGGAUCUGCGGCCUAUGUGGAAUCUUGGCCUCCAUGGCCGGGCGUCUCAGCUGUUGGCCACUGUUCAGGGACUGCCUGGCCUAUGCCAUCAGCGUGUCGGCUGUUAUUGCCAUCAUCUCCGAUAACAAGGUCUACUGGUACGACGCCGCCUGCCUGCUGCUGGUCUACGCCGUCUACAUCGUGGUGCUGUGCUUCGACCUACGCAUCAGCGAGUUCUUCAUCAGGAAGCUGAGCCCCUGCUGCUCCUGCCUGGGUAAAGGGUCUGGGGAGAAGAAGGAGACGCAGCCUCUGAUUGGCUGGAGCGACGACACCAGCCUGCGCGUGCACAGUCGCUCCCGGACGGACAGCGGCAUCUUCCAGGACGACUCGGGAUACUCUCACCUGUCCCUCAGCCUGCACGGCCUCAACGAGAUCCCUGAAGUGGAGCAUAAAAGUGUGUUCGCCGUGCCGGAGAGCGACUGGAAACGCAUCUUCUGGGUUCUGUCCCUGCCCAUCAUCGCCCUCCUCUUCCUCACCGUGCCCGACUGCAGGAGGAGGUUCUGGAAGGGAUGGUACAUUGUGACCUUCUUCAUGUCGGCGGUGUGGAUCUCAGGGUUCACGUACCUGCUGGUGUGGAUGGUCACUGUGGUCGGUGAAACCCUCGGCAUCCCCGACACCGUCAUGGGACUCACUCUGCUCGCUGCUGGAACCAGUAUCCCCGACACUGUGGCCAGUGUGAUGGUGGCCAGAGAAGGUAAAGCUGACAUGGCCAUGUCCAACAUCGUGGGCUCUAAUGUGUUCGACAUGCUCUGUCUGGGUCUGCCCUGGUUCAUCAAAACAGUCUUUGUGGACACGGUGAACCCUGUCGAGGUCAACAGCUCCGGACUCGUCUUUAUUUCCUGCACACUCCUCCUUUCGAUCGUGUUCCUUUUUGUAGCCGUCCAUCUGAAUGGAUGGAAACUGGACUGGAAGUUGGGAGUGGUUUCUCUCUUCUGCUACAUCCUCUUUGCCACUCUGGCCAUCCUGUAUGAGCUGGGGAUCAUUGGGAAUAAUCCCAUAAGACUGUGCAGUGACUGAGGUCCGGCCUUCUCAGGACUCGAGCCAUAUUUUCUGAGACUCCAUUCAUCCAUAAACACAACAAAAAUGUUAAGCUUCUAAAUCUUCAAAAGGUCAUAACAAGGAGGCGUGGCUCUGCUCACAUGCUCACAGAUACCGAGCCGUGGCAGAACUGUGCUGGUCACAUCUCAGGAAGAGGAUGAUCUCUGUAAGCUGUUGCUUUCACCACAGGUGGAAAUGUACCAAAGAUCAUUUUCUUGUUGAUCCAGAACAGGAAGUUAUCAUAUAAUGAAAACCUGUCAUCACUUGCUGAGAUGUCUUCCGUUUUACUCAAGGCCCAUAAAUGAGAAAUGUGCCAUUUCAAGAAGUGACCGCCGGGUUCAAAGAGAUUCAAAACUGUGAAGUCAUUGUAGGCAAAUAAAAAGGUGUCAACAAGA